AUGGGUUCUUUGGCCGUGGGGAAGCGCGUCUUUGCGACUUUGGGCGAGGACGACGAUGGAGCCACCAGUGACUUCUACCACCGGCACCACAGCUCAAUCCCAGAGCAAGCCACUACAUCCAGGACUACUGGAUCCCGUCAAAGGCGAAAGAUCAGCGAAGACGAUAUGACCUCCACAGCAUCUAGUACCCGUUCCACCUCGCUCGCUACCCCGACCCCUGUCUCUCCUGCAAGCUAUCGUCGUCGUGCAUUCAAGACCGAUGCCUCAAUUGUGCUCCUUGGUAUGCCAGGGACUGGCAAGUCUACCUUGGCCGUCAUUGCCUCGAUGGCUUGCCGAAGGCGCGUCAUCGACGUUGACGACGUAUUCCAAGAAACAACGGGCUUUUCCACUGCCAAAUACCGCAAGCAAUUCGGUGCGGCCAACUACAAUCUGCGACAGGAAGAGCUGUUAAAAUCUCUCCUCCUUGAGUAUAAUCACGGUGCGAUACUGAUAUGUAAUGGCGUUUCUCUGGAGAGAAAUGGACAAGUUUUACUACAAGACUUUGCUCGAACGCAUCCGGUAGUACACGUGCUGCGCGACCUUCCCAGUCUGCAUAGUUACUUGGGAGGACCUGACAUGCAGAGACUCAACGACAUGCUCGCCUUUACCGCACCCAUGCUUCGGCGCUGUUCUAAUUACGAAUUCUACAACAUCUCUGAGGUCAAAUCCUCAAAUGUUAACGCGUCCAAUGAUCAGCCGGUGCCUCCGGCGUUUCUCACAUUGAAGAGGGCGCAGAGAACCUUCCUCAAGUACUUAUCACUUAUAACAACCCCCGAGCUUCCGGAUGGGUCAGUCGGAGCAUCCAUUCCACCGUUAGAACCCGGGUACCCGCUGUCUGACGUUGCGACCGAGCUUCGCAAACAUACUUGUGCAGUUCAAGUAUCUCUCGAAGACAUAUUGGCUGAAGACGCCGAUGUUCAAAGCCUGGAAGUUGGGGCGGACGCCUUCGAGAUCAUCCUUGAUUUGAGUCAACAACGUCCUAUAACCAAUCUCAUGGAUGACGUUAGCGCUUGUAUAUCGAAAGUUCGAAGAAGCACAGUAGUCCCUAUUAUAUAUCAUGUACUACCUACUUCCACCUCUGAUGGCAGCAGAGCUAUCUACCUGGAACACGUACAUCACGGGUUACGGCUGGUACCCGAAUACGCAUCUAUCGACUUGUCACUAGACCCUGCCGCGCUCGCCGACGUGAUGAACACUCGUGGCACCACCAAGAUCAUCGGACAUCUGCAUGCCGACAAACCAUGGGACAAUCCUUUCUGGGUAACACAGUACGAAAAGGCUGUACAUUUGGGUUGCUCGGUCGUACGACUCACUCGACCAGCUCGUUCUAUCGAUGACGAUGUUUCGGUUCGCAGCUUCAGUAGUCGAAUGGAAACGCAUGAGGCCCAAGUCCCUGUGAUUUGUUAUAACACAGGACGAGCUGGUCGCCGCUCGAUAUGUUUCAACAAAUACCUUACGCCUGUUGUUGCGGCCUCAAAAAGGGAAAACGCCAACCAAACUACGUCAACGGCACAAUACCCUUACGACUCCUGGCUCACUGCUAAGGAAGUAACGCAAGCCCUUUACAACUCAUUCACCUUUGACCCGAUGCAGAUGUAUAUCAUUGGGGUGCGCUUGGGAUAUAGCGUCUCACCAGCGAUGCACAAUGUAGCGUACAGCGCGUGCGGCAUGCCUCACAUUUUCAGUCGCAUCGAGAGCCCGUCAGUGAACAAACUUCAAGAGCUAGUACGCAAGCCGAACUUUGGUGGCUCUAUUGUCAUACAGCCCUUCAAGAUGGAGGUGAUGGCGCUGGUAGACUCGCUGAGCCAACAUGCCCGGGCUAUUGGGGCAGUUAAUACUGUAAUACCCGUGCGUCGAAGAAAUAAAGAUGGGAGCAUGCCAAGCGACCUCGAGCUCUUCCAUGAGCGCAAUCAGUCUGGUUCGGUUCAAGCUCUCUAUGGAGACAACACAGAAUGGAUUGGGAUUCGAUCCUGCGUGCGGCGAGGUCUCUCUCCAGCGAACGCAGUGCGUCCGUCAACUUGCGGACUCAUCAUCGGAGCUGGCGGUAUGGCGAGGGCAGCUGUUUAUGCCCUGUUGCAACUUGGGGUAAUGAAUAUUGUGAUCUUCAACAGGACCUAUGAGAAAGCUGAGAGUCUCGUCGCGCAUUUCUCUUGCCUUACCUCGAGUUCGGUAGACAAUGCCAUGGCAUCCCCCAUGAUGCGCCAAAAGCGGCCAAACCUGACGAUAUUGAGAUCGCGUGACGAGGCCUGGCCAGAGCACCUCCGGGACCCCACUAUAAUUAUCUCAUGUAUACCCACUGAUCCAAUAGACGGGGGCCCUGCAGCUCAAUUUACGCUUCCACGACAGUGGAUUCAGAGCCCUACGGGCGGCGUGGUAAUGGAGACUGCCUACAAGACGCUCAAUACGCCACUGUCGCAGCAAGUACGAGAUUGCCCGAAGAAGUUGUGGACAUACAUGGACGGCUUGGACUUUAUACCAGAACAGGCUUUUGCUCAGUUUGAGCUAUUCACAGGCAAAAGAGCGCCGCGAAGGGUCAUGCGCGAGGAGGUACUGCGGGCAUGGAGAGACGAGCAGGGCAACACCGAUGUAGAAAUGGUGAGGAGGAGGCUCAAAGCCAUAGACGACCAGGAGCCAUAA